GGCCGCUCAUAUCGCCCCGGCCAUGUGUAUCUGCGACGCCGGAGACCUGCGUCUUUUCUUUCUUACCUUCACUUUUGUCUGACGCUCGAUUUUAGCUCUCUUCCCUCUUCUCUCUCUCUCGAUCGUUCCCUCUAUUUCAUCUUCAUCUUUGUCUCACUUCCUUUCGGUUCCUUCGCCUCACCUCCCUGCUUCUCGUUCAUUUGGGGACCUCAUCUUCGGCGCAUACAAGCACCCACAUCUAUCAACACAGACAUAUCUUAAACACGCUGCAGUACCCGUCAACCACCAAUGCCUAAGACCACGAGCGUGCAGCUUCCCGACCUCCUCUCCCUUACCUCCGCGUUCGAACUCAACGCCAAUCGACAAUGCAAAUCUGUCACCCUCGGCUCCGAGGCAUGGCUCGCCGACGUCGGUCUCCUUCCGCCCACGUCCGCUGAACCAGCGAACUCUUCGGACGUAGAGUGGAAGACUCGUAAUGGUUGUACUUGGCGCGCCCUCAGGAUUGGUUUAUGGGCCUCGGUGUGCUUUCCGAGGGCGGACGCACCGCAGCUACGCAUCGCGACGGACUAUCUGAGCCUGCUCGUGCUGGACGUUGAAGAGACGUUCAAGCAGAAUCCUGUGGCCGACGGGGAUCGUAAGCGGGAUCCAUUCGCGCUAAUGGCCGAACCCCUGGCCCGCAGCGCGAUGCGCAGCCCGGCGUGGUACAUCCGUCUGUGUUCCACCCAACGCGCCUACCGUCUAUCUCGCGCGCGCCUCGCAGCGGACUUCAAGGCGGGCAUCACGCCGGAUCUCGAAUCAUUCGUCCCGCUUCGGCGAGAUGCGUCCGGUGCACGUUUGCUCGCGCUCAUGCUGGAGCAUGCGAUGGGCAUCGCUCUGCCUACGGAUAUGGGUGUGCGGAGCGUGCUGGAUAAACUGGCAGAGUAUACCGUGGACAUCGUCGCUUGGUGUGAGGAUAUAAUCGCCCUCCCGCGCACCCACCCCUCUCCUUCUUCCCCAACUCUACUCACUGUCCUUCGCGCCGAAAAAGACCUGACUCUCGCCGGCGCCCUUAACCAUGCCGGGCAGCUUAUACGCGACGCCGUCGCCGCUUUCCUCGCCACAGAGCGCCUACUUCCAUCCACGCUUGCCUCCCUCUCAUCGGCUUCGGGUAGCGAGGACGCAAUCCGAGCAGACGCGGACGCGUAUGUUCACGGGCUCAGGGACAUCAUCGCUGGGAGCGUCAAUUGGAUGUACGAAAGUGGGCGCUAUCUCGGCCACAAAGGGCCCGAGGUAAGGGCAUUCGGGUGGGUGUUCCUCGAAGAUGCGCAGCCGGCGUAGGUCAGGUUGACUGCAAACGACAUGUCGCCUUAUGACUGUCACCAAUCUUAAACCGCACCUUCGGUCAAUACCAGCACCUCAAACCACGUUAAUAGUGGUUCUGCAGAGGGAAUAUCAUCGGGGAUCUUUCCCCGAACUCAAAAUUCGGCGUUCGGACGUUCUCUGCGCUUUUUGCGCUAAUUAAACAUCAUUGUGUAUUUCUUUUCCGUCUACCUCAUCCCACUCUCGCCCCUUUCUCCGUAGAUAUUAGACGACCUCUUACGACCCUCCUUCCUCUCCGCUCAUCAUAUUUGCUCUGCUUUUCGCCCUUAUUUACUCAUCAGUCACAGCACAAUCACACACAUACAGAUACCUCUGCCUCCCUUUGGACUUCCUUCAUUCCGCACGCUUAUACACUGAAUACUCCCCACAUUACCUCAACGCAUGCAGUUGUCAUACCAGUUAU